AUGACCCCGGCGCCUAAUGGCCGCUGCUCGCCCUCACCAUCGCCACCAUCAUCGCCAUCACCGCCACCACCGCCACCACCAUCAUCGCAGACCGCCUCGACGCCGACGCCGACCAUAGCUCCAUCAGCCGCAGCGGCUGCUCCUGGCUCGUCUUCCAGGCUCCUCGGCCACCCCGCGUCAACCCCUCCUGGCUGGUCAGCCUCGACAAACACUCUACGAGCUCUUCUCGGAUUGAGCCACCGGCUUCCCCUCGGCUGUCAUCCUUUAGCUCGUCACCCCACCUCUCGCCCCUAUUUGAGGCGGCCUGACGAACCACCUCUCGCCAGCAUGGCGGACAAUCAAUCGGCUGGGCCUUCGAGGCCCGCCCGCUCCCAUCAGCAGCACAAGAGGACAUCCUCUCUCCUAUCCAGCCUCAACUCGAUCGGAUCGCUCCUUGCGGGAGCUCGUCCCGACAGCACCCAGGCCCACUCCAACCGCGACGCCGUUCGCAUCGAUGCAGAGCUCGUCAUGUCGCACCCCUCGUCCCCGGUCUGGGCCGACGAGUCGCGAGCAGGGCUUUUCCAAGAAGCACAGACGAGACCCACAAUCGACCUGCAGGACGAGGUCCGGCCCCGCUUUUCCCACAGCGGCCCGACGUCGAGCCAGGAACAGUCAAACCCCUCCUCUUCUAUCGCGUUCCCAUCCUCGGACAUGCGGGACUCCCGCUCGACGUCUGCGCCUUCCUCGACCGACAGCUCCGGAUCUACGAACCUCGCCGCUACCGGCGCCACUCCUUCAUCUUCGGCCACUUUCACGCCUGCGACCUCCACGAUCGGAUCACCGAGCACCUCGCCUCGCAAGCUGGACGUCCCCCUGAGCGCCCGCGCCAGCACCAUCAGGGCAGGCCGGGGCCCCAACCGGCACGCGCGGACGAGCUCGAUGCCUCAGUGGCAGACGCUGCCAAGGGACGCGAUGGGCAAAUCGAGCGUCGCCCAUGCACAGACGACGACAUCGACCCCGAAGUCGUACCGCACCAUCUCGCUCAGUGGAGCAGCCGGGCUCCCGCUCGACGACGCGGCUUCAGAUACGUUGGUCGACGGCUACGGCGCGGCAAAGUCGCCGCCGAGGGCGUCCGGAUUCCGCACCCGUUCCAUCCAGUCGAUCCGCGACAUUGCCGCCGCUUGGGUGCCCGCCCGCUUUGCCCCGUCCCUCGCCUCGUCCGCAUCAUCUUCGUCACGAAGCAGCGAAACCGACCCCGGUAGCCCUCCCAGUCGGCGCAACAACAUGCUUGUAGCGGCACCGUCCAACGCUACGAGCAAAGCUGUCGCGCGGAAAUCGGAAAGGAGGCCCGUCCGGCUUGAUCGCAGGCGGCUCGACAAGGCCGUCAGCCUGGCGGUCGAGGCUGCCCAGGCCGCCGAGGAAGACGAGCGCAUCUGGGAAGAGAAGCAGGCGCGCAAGUCCCAGAUGUCGACCGCAGCUCGACGCAGGGGAGACGGCGCCUCUAUGAGGCAGGCGGGUGCGGGCCUCGGGCUGAUCACCGAGGGAGCCGGCCCGCAGGCGCGACUCUCGCUCUCCGAGUCUAGCAGGCAGCUCAGCAUGCGACGACCCGACGAGAUGCAGCUGACCGACGACGGCGACGAGAGCGAGGACGAGGACGAGGACGACCUGGGCUUCUCGCUGGACCUCUACAUCUCAUCUCUCGGCUACCUCAUCUCGGCCAUCUCGGACCGCGAAGCGACCGGGCUCAACGACAGGCAGCGCAACGACAUCCGCCAGAGGCUCGAGGACGGCAUGGGCAAGCUGGGGUUCGAUGCGCGGGCCGAGCUGCAAAAGGCCGAGGCGAUGAAGCGGGAGCUGGAGAUGGAGAGGGAGAGGAUCGCACUGCGCGAUCAGCAGGGCCCCACGGUCGUCCACCAUCACUAUCACGGCGGUGCCGGGCCCAGCAUCCUCAGCGACGGCGCCUUUGCGCGAGCCCACGCCGCGGCCAAGGCGUCCGAAAGGCCCUCGAGCUUCGCGGGCAAGGUCGGCAACAGCGUGCUCGACAUUGGCCUCACCAUCGGCGCCGGUGCGCUAUCGGCCCUCUCUGCCAACCUCUCCGCCAUCGCGCCGCGCGGCAGCAAGACGCCCGCCGAGCAAGGCUCUCCCAGGAUCACCGACCUCGACACGGGCGAGUACCUGUCAGCGCCCUCGUCUGCCCCCGCGAGCGGCACGGCAACGCCGAGGACCGCCUGGGUGCGCGCGGCUGGCCAGCACUCGAAGCAGUGGGAGCUGACCGUGGCAUUCGCCAGCUCGGCCGCCAACGCCCUCGCCAGCAGCCUGUGGACGAUUGCCAAGUCGGAAAAGGCCAGGACGCUGGCGUCCGACGGCCAGGCGAGGUCGCCGGCGCCGGCCCAAGGAUCGCCCCGCAGCGACGCCGUUGAUCUGCAGCUGAUGGACGGCGCCUCGAUCAGCGACGGCCACGACCCGAGCAUGAGCGCCGAGGACCGGCUGAUCCUGCUAUCGGCCUCGCUGGCGCGGGCGCUCAAGCGCUCGCCGCUUCCCUCGCAGCUCUACCAGCUGCUCAAGCAGAUCGUCUCGCUGCUGGCUGCCCUCGACGCCCGCUUCGCGCUGACGGAAAAGGGCACCCAGAUGGCCGUGCACCAGACCUCGCUCGCACUCCGCUUUGUCCGCCGGCACGACCUGCACGUCAAGGCCGUCAAGGUCGCCUGGGCCGCCGCAGAGGCCGCCGUCGCCGCCCUCGAGGCCUACCGCGACGAGCGCGGCUGGCAAGACAUCCAGGCCAACCCGGCGCCGCUGCACAGCGCCUCCAGCCUAGCCCAGUUCCAGCUGUCCGACGCUAGCGAGGGCACCGCGUCGCCGCCGCUGACGUCGUCGUCGAGUCGAGGGAAACAGCAACAGCAGCAGCAGCCACACGCCAUCACGUCCGCCGGCGACACCGGCCCCCUUCCAACCGCCUCCUCCUAUUCCCCUUCUGUCGUUGGCGCCAGUCCCGUCUCCAGACCAUCCAGCAGAUUCGCACCCUGA